AUGGCGCGCGACGGCGCGUACGGGCGCGCGAUCGACGUCUGCGACGUCGAGGACGACGGCGCGGCGACGCGCGCGCGGUUGUAUCGAUCGACGCGCGGGAGAGGGGGCGACGCGCGGGCGCCGCCGUUGGCGCGCGUGCUCGGUGAAAAAGUGCGCUUUCCAUCGCGCGCGUCCGUCGCGCUUCGCGCCGCGGGCGCGCGCGCGCGGUGGACGUGCGACGACCGUGGGUGCCGCGUCGAAGGGUUCGAUGCCGCGGAGGCGUCGGCGGACGGACCGUGGCGGUCGUUGGAGGCGUACGUGAAGUUGGCGAUUUGGGACGGGUUGUUGGCGCGGACGGAGGCGACGCGCGCGGCGGGCGACGUCGAGGUGUUCGCGCCGCGCAACGGGACGAAUGUGAUGUGGCACAGGGAUGGGUACUUGCCGGGGGAGUACAUCGGGCACGCGUUGGUGGACGUGGGCGAGGGAGGUGAGGACGUCGGCGGACGGUGGUUCGAGCACGCGCUCGCGGACGACGACGCGAGCGACGCGUCGACGACGGAUGCCGAGCACGUCGUUGACUUUGGAAAUCAGUCGAUAGCGACGAGAUUGGUGUGCGCGGAGAAUUUCGUCCCCAUCGACGCGAGCGGGGGCGCUCUGGUGGUGUUCGAGGACGCCGUCGCGUUCCAUCGCUCGCCGAAGACGGCGUCUCGAGCGCUCGAGCGCGAGUCCAGAGCGAUCGCGCGCUUCAACUUCAGCGCCUACGACGCGUGCGGUCGCACCGUGAGACUCGCGUCACCACCGAACGCGACGUGGCGUCCGUUCGAUGAUCGGGAUCGCAUCGCCGAACUCUCUGGCGUCGACGUCGCGCGCUACGUCGCCGACCCGCGGUAG